AUGGAUCAUCUUUUUGGUCCUAAGGAUUCUUCUUCGUCAUCUUCUUCUUCCAGCUACUUCGGCGCCAUCUUCCCCCCACCUUCCACGAUUAUGGGGAGGGACGGCGGUGGAAACAAAUACGCCGGAACUACUUCUCCUUCUGCAGAGAAUUACAUCGCCCGUCAUGGAAAGGAGAAAAACGGCGCCGGUGGACAUGGUGGGACGGUGGAGCCGUCGUGCUACUUGAGCUCGUCAAUCUACUACGGCGGCCAAGAGAAUUACAACUCCUCUUCCUCCCCGCCGGCCCACGGGAACCCCUCCGCCGCCGCCCGUCACAACACUACUACCGACGACCCAAAUGGCAACAACAACAACGCUAACUCUGCCUCUAGAGGCAACUGGUGGAAAGGGAACCCCCAAAAGCUAAGCUUAAUGCAGCAGCAAGAAAGGAGAUGGAGGAGCUUUGAGCUCAUUGCCACAUCUUACUUAGUGGGUCGUGUGCGGCAAAGUGAAGGAAAGAUUGGGACUUUUGUGAGAGAUCAUGUGCUGGCUAAGUGUGGAUGCUAA